CUCAGAACUAUAGCUCACGGUUUACGUGUAAAGGAAUCGUUUGCUAACAAAAUUUCCUGUGUAAAGUAAAAAGAAUUCCCCGGCUCUCUCAUUGCAUUAGCGUUGUAACUCCUCACCGAGAUGAUCCUGAAUAAUACUAACAAUGCUGCUACAAAGUGUUUUAAACGUGUUAUUGUGUGCUGUGAUAUUUGAACAGUGUUUUGCUUACUUUAACCUAGAAAAACAAGAUGAUUGUUUUUGUCAAUUAUCAGGAAAAAUAGAUGAAUGUACUUGUAACAUCGAUACUGUUGAUCAUUUCAAUAAUGUGAAAAUUUUCCCACGAUUAAGAAGUCUCCUUGUGAAAGAUUAUUUCAGAUUUUAUAAGGUGAACCUAAAAAGGCCGUGUCCUUUCUGGACAGAUGACAGUCGGUGUGCCAUACGCUACUGUCAUGUAGAAUCGUGCGAGGAAGAUGACAUCCCUGUAGGAAUCAAAGGUGCAAGCUUUACACAAGAAACAAACGGGGAUGGCAAGGAAAAAUAUCUAAGAAAAGCAAAUGAAGACUGCUCUUCACAUCACGGCGAAUUAGAUUAUUUAAACAAAACCAUAUCCAAAAAAGCCCAAAAGAACAUGGAGCUUUGGGACGCGUACGAUGACGCUUUGGACAAUUUCUGUGAUAUCGAUGAGAAUGAUCAGGAGGCGGAAUACGUGGAUUUGCUGUUAAAUCCCGAGAGAUAUACCGGGUACGUAGUAGGAUAUGCUGGUCCAUCAGCUAAAAGAAUAUGGCAGAGCAUCUAUUUGGAAAACUGUUUCCGGCCCAAGAAAUCCUUCAGUUUCAAUCCUUACAUCCAAAGCGCUAAACUAAACGAACUGUGCUUAGAAGAAAGAGUGUUCUACAGGGCUAUAUCAGGAUUGCAUGCCAGUAUCAACACUCACUUGUGCGCUAAUUAUUUGUUGUCCGAUUCUAAAGGAAUGGAUUUAAUUGACCCUGAUGGAAAGUGGGGUCCUAAUCUAGAAGAAUUCGUAAAGAGAUUUUCCCCAGAAACGACUAACGGGGAGGGACCAAAUUGGCUGAGGAAUCUCUAUUUUGUUUAUUUGGUUGAAUUGAGAGCCUUAGCUAAAGCUGCGCCAUAUUUAGAAAGAGAGGAAUAUUAUACAGGCAACGAACCAGAGGAUUGGGACACACAGAUGGCAGUCAAAGACCUAUUAAGUGUAGUCAAACAAUUCCCUGAGCAUUUCGAUGAAACCACAAUGUUCCGGAACAGCGAGCAAGCGGAAAAACUCAAGUACGAGUUUAAGCAGCACUUCAGAAACAUUACUAGAAUCAUGGAUUGUGUUGGAUGUGAUAAGUGCCGAUUGUGGGGCAAAUUACAAACGCAAGGGUUGGGCACAGCACUGAAAAUAUUGUUCAAUGGAAAAUUCGAUCACAUCAAAGACGGCAGCUCCAUUCACGUCAACGACAAGAAAAAUUUCCAACUUCACAGGAACGAAGUUGUGUCGCUGAUGAAUGCUCUAGGUAGAUUAUCAACUAGUAUUUAUAAAAUAGAUGAUUUUAGGCAAAUGUUGAGAUAACAGUGAAUAAACCAUUUAGAAGAAUA